CUUAGAUACCAAACUGGUAACAAAUCCCUUUGAGAGCCAUCGUGGUCUUUGAGAAAUUGCUUUGUAAGUGCUAGAGAUCUUGUGGAAUUUAUACUCUAACGACUAAAUGGCUGCAGCUUAUCACAUGGAAGCUUUGAGAAAACAGAGGAUCAUCGAAAGAAAGCACGCAGCUUUGGCGAGGAUUGCAAUAUGUCAGGUUGGAAUAUUGUCGUGAAGCUGUUUCCGCCGUAUCGUGUGAUCCGUGUUUAUGGUGUUUAACUGGUAUAUUUAUAACGUUUUGGUGGAUGUUUGGUGUUAAAAUUAUCCCGCAUCUUUGUUUUACAUUCCUUACUUUAGUCCAUAACUGCAAAAAAUGGGCAAGGUUCCUUAUAUCUCUUGAAUCUUGAGCAUUGUUUAUUAAGACUCGUACCGGCGUUAAAUCGAAGGAAUGUCAAAUUCUUCAUGAAUUCUUUGAGUAUUAGACGCCACUCUGAUAUACACGCAAAUAGCUAAAAUAUGAAGAAUUAAACGUAACUAGCCUGUCGUUACGUUGUAUUUUCAAAGACCUGGGGGCUUCUCGCCUUUAAAGUUAGAAGUGAAAUUCCACAAAAAUUCAUGGCAAAAAGUUGACAAAACUUCUCAGCUUCGCUUCAUCGCACCGAACUAUGGUAACAAGCCAGCGACUCCGAACAAUGCAUAUUUUACAGAGCAAAGUCAGCGCGAAAUCGAUCUUGUUGACACGAAAAUAGGAACGUCGAGACACGAAUUCCUUAGGCGGAUCGAAGCUUUCCUAACUGUAUCAUUCAUUCGUUCUGGCGCCGUCGGCACGAAUUAAAAUAAACUAAAAUACAAAGAUGAACUAAAAAUAAUUUUACAAGAGAAUUUCUCAAAAUAUGUAACUUGGAGAUUAAGAAUGUAUAACAACAUUUUUCUCGCAAUUGCCUAAAAUAUGCUACCAACUAAAACUAUAGAUACAUGAUACAACUAGAAAUUAAAAACUGUUUAUGGCGGUAGGACUAAAAUUAGAAUAGUUAAAAACUGUUUAUCGUACAGUAGGACUAAGUUGAACAUAAGUUAAACCUGGUUCUCAUAUGCUGCCGAUGCACCUACGACAUGGCCGCUGGUACUGCCUGGGACACUGUUCCGAUAUAGAACAGAAGUGGCGGGCAACAUUGCUCAUCCAAGUCUUUACCCCUGGUAUGCCUGCAAAGUUUACGCAAGUUCAACUUCGUAGGCAUGCUGGCAGUAGAGCUCUGCGAUGGCUUUAGUUGCCGGCGGCGCAUGUUCUCAUUUGUCUAAGAAGUGUCGCAGGCGGUACCGGCAGCUACUUCGCAGAUACAUCGGCAGCAUAUGAGAACAAGGCUUUACAGUCUCUCCCACAUCCCUCUACAACAGCAGAUAUGUUCUUUUUGCAUAUCAUACUUUUGUAUCAUUUAAAUUCCUCAAAGAAUUCGUUGUUUAACUGAUCAAAGUAUGUUUCUGAGGUGACCAUUUUGAUAGUUCUCCCAACCUUUUGACAAUGUAUUGAUACUGAUAGGAGAAAAUUAAUGUUGGCCACUGUUAAGACUUAAAGAGGCAUCUUAAAGCAAAGUUUGGAUCUCUUUUAAAACUCAUCCUAUAAAGAUGCUAUCCUGAGAAAACAGUCAACAUUUCACAGAGUCACCUGGUUUCCCCACGAAAUGACAUCUCAGUGGCCUGCCCCCCGCCCCCCCCCCCCACCCCCUCAAACCAAACUGACGCCCAAAGUGCCGAAAGUUGAGACUUGGCCCUUCACUUAUCUGAAGGUCUGGAUUUGCCACUGCAUCUGAGGAACGAGCAUAGAAAUCCCAUAUUGAUGAUAUGUCACUAGUACUACCAAGAUCUGGGUUGUGGUUCUGAUUGGAUGAAGCAAAUUUUCAACCAAUCAGGAGCACUAUCUGGAUAUGGGUAGUGAUGCAUCAUCGGUAUGGAAUUUGUACGUUUGUUCCUCAGAUUUCAUUUUUCUGGGAAACCGGUGGUGACGCGUGAAAUGUUGGCUAUUAGAGGCCUCUUGUUUUUGCUCAAAAUGUAUCAAAGGCCCCCAAGUCAAUUACUCUGUCAUCUUUCUGCCUCAAUUCUAGGAAUUGGAACUGGAAAGAAAAAGGCAGCAGGAGGAAAGAAACAAGUUACAAAAAGAUGAAAUGGAAAAGGAACGGGGAAAUUUGAGAGAAAAAUAUUUGAUCAGUAUGGGGCGCACAGGAAGACCAGGUGUCAUAAAUGCCAACUAUGUAAACAUGAUUGAAGAACACAAGAAGAGUAUUUCCCAGAGAGAUUUACGUCACCAAGAAAAGAUUUUGCGUGACAGCUGCUUGUACAUGGGGCAUGUUAAUGACAAGUUUUUGGCAUGAAAAUCUCAGAAUUUAACAGAUAUGGAUCUAAUAUUUAUUUGCCAAGAGAAAACUAUGACAUCUUUGAAUCAGAUUUUUGGCUAGUUUUAAUUUAAGAUAAAUAAUACUAACUUUGUAUACCACUUAGGCUGCAUGUUUAGACAGGUUUUUUGCGUUAUUAACAGGAUAUGUUAUACUUUAUCUGCGCUAAAUAAGAUUUGACAGCCAAGGAAGGCCACUGAUGUAACAUGCAGCAAGCUGAACACAGAACUAUGAAAUGCCGUUCCUUUUACAGCUAUCUUCUAAUUCAUGCACAUAAUAUGCUGGAGGUAGUCAUCAAGUAAAAGGUUUGCCUUCAAACUAAAAUCUGAGUCAGAUUUCAUUCCUGAAGUGUAAGGUGUUUUCCUUUAACAUCCACUCAAUGAGGAAAUACAUCCUGCUGAAGAUGGGUAGUGCAGAAAAUCCAGCUUGCAGAAGAAGUGAAAACUGGAGGUUUGCAGGAAAUUAGAAAUACAGUAAUCAAGGUUGUCUUAGUGACAUCUUACUUUACUCAUUAGAAUCAAGAUUUUUGAACCCUUUCCUCUGUGCAUGGAAAAAGUGUAGAAAAGAGGGGCAUGAACAAUCAGGAGUAAAAUACAGUGUUUGUCUAACAGAAUUAACCAUUGACUCACAUAUGAAAUUGGGAGGUUUGAAAUGAUUUUCUGUUCAAAAAACCAGGAUUCUGCUGACAACUGUAGAAAAGUGCACCAGUUUAUACUGGGAAUGGGCUUCAGGCAAUGUAAGUUGCUGGAAAUAUAGGUAAUGGCUAUUACUGUAAUAAUAUUACUAUUAUUGAAACACUUCACUGGAAAUGUAUAUGC